AUGGUUUCAAGUCAUCAUGUAUCUGAGCAGCUCGAAGAUAUCUCCUUUUAUUCAGACAUCUGGAAGAGUACGGCUGAACCGAAAGAAUUGGAAUUAAGACUUGCCCCGUUCAUUCUCAGGGCCGAGGAGGAUGCAAUCUUGUCAUAUUUGGGUGUACAGACUUCACACUGGGUGAAUUCCCUUGCUCCCGGGGUCCGACAACACACCGUCCAGCUGCCCACGUCUCCUUUGACAUUCCGCAGACCGACACCAACGACUUUGGCGGGGGCAACCACCGAACCAAAGGUUGAACGUGGUGUGAAAUCUCCUAUUCCGACUAACGUCGCACCUGUACAGAAUACUUUGGACGCUACGGACACAGUUGGCAACACAACCCCACGAAUUGUACCACACCAGUUUUAA